CCGGCAGGUGGCGCAGCGCUCGGAGGACCGGGAGCGUCCACGGGCGGCGAUGGAAGGAGCAAGGUCGGGCAAUAUUCGGAUUGAUCAGAACUGAUUUGACAUCAUGGCCAGACACAGCAAACUGCAGAAACAGGUGUUAAAACUUUACAAACAGUUCCUUCGAGCUGCCAAAGAUAAACCUGGAUUUCUGCCUCUGAUUCAGGAGGAAUUUCGCAAGAACUCCCAAAUACCGAGAACGGAUGUAAUGCAUAUCGAGUACUUGUUCCGAAGAGGGCAGAGGCAGUUGGAACUGUUGAGGGAGUCAAAUACCAAACAAGUGGCGGCUUUUAUCAGAUUCAAUCCACCAAACAGCCACACAGUGCAAAAGACCAAGGACUUGCCAUCAUAGCGUCAGAGGCAAUCUAAGAUAGUGAACAUUAUGAUUAUGAAACACAUCUGCAGUGAUAGUGUGACGUGGAUAAGAAUGAAGCUGCGGUAUACGCACUGAAUCCAAGAACCAGAUGUUAUGGCCACAAAUAUGCAUAAAAAAAGAUAUCUGCAUUUUACCCUGCGCUCCAGCAGUAAUUACAGUCCAAACCUACUUCAUAGAAUGUAACACACUAUGAUUGUGAAAGGUAGUAUGUAAACGUAUAAUACAUAAAUAUAUUGGUUUAUUAUUGUCAAGUA